GAGCUUUGGGGAGAAGAAGAAGAAGAAAAAAAAAAAGAUUGGCAACAGAUGUUAGCUCAGGGCCAAUCUUUUUUAAAAAAAAAUUUCACAUCUUGACCCAGCAUAAAUAUAACACAUGCAUUUUUAUGUCUGUAUCUACAGCUGAAACAAGCAUUUCAUUGGGUGGUACCCUUACUGCUCGUGACAUUUCUCAUGUUUUUGUCCUAUUUCUCCUUUUUUGAAAUGUUUGUCGCAGUUAACGGAAUUGGUUUCACAUUUCACUAACACAUCCCAACAAUGUGAAAGAUUCUGUCACAGUGGGCACAAAGCAGUGAAGAGAGCAAAGCGCAUAUUUUCCUCAUGACAGUUCUAUUCUGGUGGGUCUAGAAAGACGAGAAAAAAUUAGGAAGAAUACUGUAAUACAGUAAAUCAAAUAAUAAGUGCUGUGGGGAAAGAUAAAGCAGGGUGAGGCAGAUGGGAAGAAUCAAAUGUGGGGGCGGGGGGUAUUUCUUAUUGGGUGGUGGGGAAGGCUGCACCCGAUCGAGUGCCAUUUCAGCAGAGACCCAGAGGGAAAGAGGGAGAAUGCAGGCUUCACUUUGUGCACAAAAGCUUUCCAUGCCACGUGCAGCUCUCUCUCUUCCUCUUCAGCGUCAUCCUCGAGAGUCUGCGCUGUGCUCUUUCUUUUCCUCUCCCAUGUUCUUUCUCAGUUGUGCAAGAGUAGUCUUCCCUUUUCCACCUCUUUUUACAGAGACCUAAAUCACUACCAGGUUUAAAACAAUGAAUGUGAUUGAUCCAACCGCUUCCCAGAUUUCCUCUUGGAAGAUAAUUUCUGCCUGGACCUAAAAUACUAUUUUAUGCCCACAGUCUGAGCUUUUGUGGCUUUAUAGGGUCGAAUCCCGCUUGUCAUUAGCCCACUGAGGAAGAGGUGAGUAGGCUUUUCAUGGACGUCACUGUAGGUCGGCAUGUGGAUUGACUUUGUUGCUCUGCGGCCCUCUGGUUUCAGACUUACAUCUCUCAUAGUAAACCGUUAGACUUGUGGUUCUAAGUGGGUCACACUUACACUAAGUGGAUAAGAGCCUGUGGACCGUAUCCUUUGCUUCCACUUGCUAGAAGAUGUAAGAAAAAGGCAGCAAGAAUCAAAAUGAGAUGGAGACUCUUCAGAAAGUUGCCUUAAAAUACUUUUCACGUGAAGAGCUAUCCUGCUGGCAAAUCUGGAAACAGGUUGCAAGUGACUUAACCCAUUGUCUUCAGAGGAAGAGUUCUCAGUUACUCCAAGGCGAUUGUAUUCAGGUUUCUGAAAAUGGGAAGGAUAGAACGAAUCACAAAGGAGCUGGCUCCAGUGACAUUGAAAACCAAGAGUUUGCGAUUUUGAGAACCCAGGAUUCUUGCGGGAAUACACAUCUGAGUGAGUCGCGGAAUCAGAGAAGAGGCAAGCAAAUUAACAUGAAAAAUAACCCGCAUGUAUGUGAAGCCUUUGUGAAGAAAUCACGACUUGGUGAUUGUGUUAAAACUGACGCGGAACAGAAACCCUACAGAUGUAAUGAAUGUGUCACAAGCAUUCGUGAUGGCUUCAACCAGCAUUUACUCUUAGGAGAGAAACUCCAUCCAUGUCGUGAGGGUGGGAAAGGCUUCAGUUAUGGCCCAGUGCUUCCAGUUCAUCAGCACGUCCACCCAGGAGAGAGAUGCUCCAGCCAGAGCGCACAUCUGCAGCUGCAUCAGAGAACUCACCCAGAAGUGAAGCUCCAUCGAUGUCACGAUGCUGACGAUUGCUUCAGCAAGAGCUCUUUUCAUUCCCAUCAGUCUCAUCCCGCGGGAGAGAAGGCCUAUCAAUGUGACAGUUGUGGCAAGCGCUUCAGUAGCAGCACAGGUCUCAUCAUUCAUUACAGAACUCACACAGGAGAGAAGCCUUACAGAUGUGAGGAGUGUGGGAAAUGCUUCAGUCAGAGUUCCAAUUUUCAGUGCCAUCAGAGAGUCCACACUGAAGAAAAGCCAUACAAAUGUGAGGAGUGUGGGAAGGGCUUCGGCUGGAGUGUUAAUCUUCGUGUUCAUCAGCGGGUCCACAGGGGAGAGAAACCCUAUAAAUGUGAAGAGUGUGGGAAGGGCUUCACUCAGGCGGCCCACUAUCACAUCCAUCAGAGGGUCCACACGGGGGAAAAACCGUACAAAUGCGACGUCUGCGGGAAGGGCUUCAGUCACAAUUCACCCUUAAUAUGCCAUCGGAGAGUCCACACUGGAGAGAAACCAUACAAAUGCGAGGCGUGCGGGAAAGGCUUUACCCGGAACACGGAUCUUCAUAUCCAUUUCAGGGUUCACACGGGAGAGAAGCCGUACAAAUGUAAGGAGUGUGGGAAGGGCUUCAGCCAGGCUUCCAAUCUUCAAGUCCAUCAGAAUGUCCACACUGGGGAGAAGAGAUUCAAGUGUGAAACGUGUGGGAAGGGCUUUAGUCAGUCAUCCAAGCUGCAAACCCAUCAGAGAGUCCACACUGGAGAGAAACCCUACAGCUGCGACGUGUGUGGGAAGGACUUCAGCUAUAGUUCAAAUCUUAAACUGCACCAAGUCAUUCACACUGGAGAAAAGCCAUAUAAAUGUGAGGAGUGUGGGAAGGGCUUCAGCUGGAGAUCAAAUCUUCAUGCUCAUCAGAGAGUCCACUCAGGAGAGAAGCCCUAUAAAUGCGAGGAGUGUGAUAAGAGCUUCAGUCAGGCCAUAGAUUUUCGGGUCCAUCAGCGAGUCCACACUGGAGAGAAACCGUACAAAUGUGGGGUGUGUGGGAAAGGCUUCAGUCAAUCCUCUGGUCUUCAGUCCCAUCAGAGAGUCCACACUGGGGAGAAGCCGUACAAAUGUGACGUCUGUGGAAAAGGCUUCCGAUACAGUUCCCAGUUUAUAUACCAUCAGAGAGGCCACACAGGAGAAAAACCUUACAAAUGUGAGGAGUGUGGGAAGGGUUUCGGGAGGAGCUUGAAUCUCCGCCAUCAUCAGAGGGUCCACACGGGAGAGAAACCCCAUAAAUGCGAGGAGUGUGGGAAGGCCUUCAGUCUCCCCUCUAACCUGAGAGUCCAUCUGAGCGUCCACUCUAGGGAGAAGCUGUUUAAAUGUGAGGAGUGUGGGAAGGGCUUCAGUCAGAGUUCGCGUCUUCAAGCCCACCAGAGAGUCCACACGGGAGAAAAACCCUACAAAUGUGAUGUGUGUGGGAAAGACUUCAGUCACCGUUCACGUCUUACGUACCAUCAGAAAGUUCACAUGGGCAAGAAUUUUUAAAAAUGAGAAAUGUGUCAGUGGCUUCAGGCAGGAUGCACAUCUUUGAGUUUUUGGACAGUCUGUGCUGGUGAUAAACUCUCUGAAGUACUGAGAGUGGAAAGGGAUGUCUUCAGAUGGAAUCUUUCUGGCGAAUCCUUAAAAUGAUGACAUAGAACCAUAGGAACGGGAAUUGAACUCAUAUUCAGGGGAGAAAUAGGUUGUAACCCUCUUGGUAAGAUCCAGUUGACAUAAAUGAUCUUUCAAAGAGAAUGGAUGCCUAAAGAUAAUGUGUGAAGAGGAUAUUUGCCAUAUACUAGCUAGUUUUGGGGGGGAUUAGGGAGAGUUUGGGGUUAUUUUCCCUUUUCUUUAAUUUCCAGUUUAUACUUGUUUACAGUGACCAUUAUUUUUACUAUAGCUGUAAAGCUACGAAAAAUGAAAUGAAUAAAAUUACAGACUAAAAAUUU